UGUAUACGUAGGGAAUCUUGCGGCGACACACGACAGCUGAUUCAUCCGAUUGUUUACCGGAACGUAAAAAAUGCGCAACCGUUUGCAAUAACGGAUACAUAUACCUUGCUGAGAGAGAGAGAGAUCACGUUGGAGGGAUUCAAGCAUGGGGUGUUGCUACAGCCUCUGCAAAGAGGACAGCGGGCCACAGGGGGGAGAGGCGAACGAGAGAACGCAUUUACUUGUGGAUCCUGUCAGUAAUAAUACAAACAUACCGAGAGUACACAGUGAUGAUUAUGUUAACCAAUAUGCAAGUUCUGUGCCUAAGAAGACAGAUGAGCAGAGUGCGUUGAAUAGAAUUUUACAUGAAACUGCAGCCAAUGUCAUAGAUGUGGGUGCAUUAGACACUCAUAAUCUAGAACAGCAUGAGUAUAUGGACAGGUCUCGUGCAUAUUCAAGGAGAAUAGAAGCGGGUCGAAUUAAACUUCCCGAAACUUCGUCUUGCCUACUUAAGGAUAUACCUGCUCCAGAACGAAUAUUAGCGGCCGAACCACUCGCUGCUGAAGAUCAAGAACUGAUUACAGAAAUGCUCAACAAGGCUGUGACAGCAUUAGGCGAUGUAAAGGUCGAACACAAGGAGGAUUUGGUGGUUCCCUUUCUAUCGUGAUCGUUAAAUGUCCCUCAAAUUAAUUUAUAGUUUCAUUUCACCUGACUUGAAUUUUGUUAUCGUAUGGAAUUAAAAAAAGGAUACACAUUUGUCGGAAAUAAAUCGACCUAAGUCCGAAUUACCAUUCUAGGUUACGCUAAGGAAGAGGAUCGAUUUUAAUGUUUAAUAUGUAAUGUAUUAUACAGAAUGUUGAAUUACUGUUUGUGCUUGCUGCGUAUCAAUAGCUUCACGAUUAUCGAAUAUAGUUAUACAUAUUUCUCUUUAUUUUUUAUUUGGAAGUUUAGAAUUAAGAUGUGCGCCUUAAUCUCUCGUACAUUUUAUCUAUGUAAAAAAAUUAAUUUGUUAUUGUAAUAUUGAUCGAUAAAUAUACAUAUAUAAUAUAUAUAU